AUGGCGACCGCGCGCCUCCUCUUGCGAGUCUCCAGGCAAUGCGCCGGCGCAGUGGCUGCGUCAUCAGCCGCGGGGCGGCAACGGGGGGGCCCGGCGGCGGCGUCCGUGGAGCAGUUCGCCGGAUCCUGUUUGUCUGUUAGGGUUCCGCGUAUUUUGAAUCAUCAUUUCAGAUACUCAACCAGCAUUUUUCAGAAGUUUGGUUUCUCCUCUGUAUCACCCCAACAAAGUGAUAAUGAACUGAAAGACCAGGAAAGGCCCUUAAAUGGAUCAAGUGAAGACUGUUCAUCUGGAAGUAUUGAAGGCCUUGAUCUGUCAAAAGAUGAUUUGGUGAAGCUAGUUCGUGAGAAGGAUGGAUUGUUGAAGUCGAAAGAUGAUGAAAUCAAAGAUAUGAAGGAUAAGAUUUUGCGCAGCUAUGCAGAAAUGGAAAAUAUCAUUGCUCGGACAAAACGUGAAUCUGAAAACUCCAAAAAAUAUGCAGUACAGAACUUCUCUAAGAGCCUGCUAGAUGUUGCUGACAAUUUGGCUAGAGCAUCAUCUGUUGUCAAGGAAAGCUUCUCGAAAAUUGAUGACUCAAAAGAUUCUGCUGGAGCUAUCCCACUACUGAAGACCCUGCUGGAGGGUGUGGACAUGACUGAGAAGCAACUAGCAGAGGUCUUCAAGAAGUUUGGAGUUGAAAAGUUUGACCCGCUAAAUGAGAAAUUUGAUCCUAACAGGCAUUGUGCAGUUUUUCAAAUUCCCGACCCUUCAAAACCACCAGGAACUGUUGCUUCUGUUGUAAAGGUGGGCUACAUGUUACACGACCGCGUCCUCCGCCCUGCCGAAGUCGGUGUCACAGAGGGAGGUGCAGAUGCAACUGAAGAGGCAGAACAGCCGGAGGAGAAAACAGCGAGGGACUAA